AUGGACAGGGAAAACAUGAUGAAGGAAGUUAAAGACAGGCUGAAAAGUCACCUUCGAUACAAGUUCACGUGGAUAAACGAGGGGACGUCUGACGGCCGCUCUCGACUCGACCACAUCUACACCAGGCUCUACAUCACUGAUCGGGCCUCGAGAUUUGACUUCAGAUCACACGAGAUACUGGACCACUUCAAAGUCUCAGAUCAGACGGGGCAGAUUACAGGACACUAUGAUCAGAUCGACUGCCUGGACAUUUUUACAACAGGAAGAAAGAGUUUCCAGCUCCCUGUGAGAGACGGACCCAUCCGCACAGUGAUGACCAAAGGCAUUGCUGGCAUUGGGAAGACAUUCGCUGUUCAGUUCUUCGCUCUGAACUGGGCAGAAGGAAAAUCUAACCAGGACAUCCAUCUGAUUUUCCUGCUUCCCUUCAGAGAGCUGAACAUGCUGAAACAGGGGGAGUACAGUCUGAUGCAGCUUCUCCUGCACUUCUACCCUCAACUGAGCCCACUGGAAAAUACCCCACAUCUCACCAGCAUGCACAUCCUGGUCAUCCUGGACGGUCUGGAUGAGAGCAGAUUCCCCCUGGACUUUGAUGGAGGUGGAAGAGUGAGUGACAUCAAUCAAAAAUCCACAGUCGACGUGCUGCUGACCAGUCUCAUCAGGGGGAGUCUGCUGCCCAACGCGCGGCUCUGGGUUACCUCCCGGCCGGCGGCGGUUGGCCAGGUUCCUGCUCACUAUAUCGACCAGAUGACAGAAGUCCAAGGCUUUACUGAUCAAGACAAAGAGAUUUACUUUAGAAAGAGAUUCAGCGACUCCACAGAAGUCCUGUCUUGUCUCAAAGGUAUGGUCAGCUUCUACUUCAUGGGACACAUCCCCAUCUUUUGUUGGAUCCUUGCUGAGGUGUUGAAGAAUGGAGACGAGAGGAGCCGAACCAUCAGAACAAUGACGGAGCUCUACAUUCACUAUUUACUCAUUCAAACACGGAGCUCCAAGCAGAAGUAUGGAGAGAAGGACUCAAAGAACGAGGCCAAAGAAGGUCUGUCAAGGUCACAGAACGCCGACAUGCUUUUAAAUCUGUCCAGGCUGGCCUUCGAACAGCUACAGAAAGGAAAUAUCCUUUUCUACGAGAAUGACCUCCAGGAGUGUGGCAUCGACGUGGAUGAAGCUUCUGUGUUUUGUGGGUUUUGCUCAGAAAUCCUGAAGCAGGAACGCGGCCUGUACCAACAGAAGAUGUUCAUUGUGCAUUUAAGCUUUCAGGAGUUUCUGGCGGCUCUUCACGUGUUCCACUGCUGUGUCACCGAUCACGGCACCCUGACGUCUUUCCUCGGUGAGGACGUCACAAACCUGAGCUGGCUGGAGCUGCAGAAGAAGGUGGUGGAUAAAGCCCUUCAGAACCAGAAGGGGCAGUUCGACCUUUUUCUCUGUUUCUUCCUCGGAUUGUCACUGGAGUCCAAUCAGACGAUGCUGCAGGCGUUACUACCAGAGACGAAGAGCAGUACAGACACCUCGGAGGAAAUGAAGACGUACCUGAGAAGCUUCCACACAGGAAACCUCCCAGCAGAGAGGUGCAUGAACCUGCUGCUUUGCAAGUUUGAGCUGAAAGAGGAGCGAUUUCAGGAGGACGUUCUCAAGUACCUGAACGCAGGAGCAACAUUAUCCACUGUCGACUGCGCUGUACUGUCCACCAUGCUGCAGUCCAAACAAUCCCCUCUGAGAGUUCUGGACCUGAAUAACUGCAGAUACAGUUAUCAGAAUGAAGCAGACAAUCCUGUGGCACACUCUGAGGACAACCUUUCUGAAAAGCCCAAGACAAUGGAAAGCCGUGAGGACGUUGAUGACGAGUUAACCCUGCUCACUCUUAUUCCCACUGCCUUGAUCGGUCCAGUCUGUGAACUGGAGGAAUUCAGGAUGCCCGGCUGCUGCCUGAGAAGUAGAUGCUGUCAGGUGUUUGCCUCGGCUCUCUGCUCCGACUCCCAGCUGAAGGAGCUCGACCUGAGUCGAAACCCGCUGCAGGAUUUAGGAGCUCAGCUGCUCUCUGCUGGACUCGGAAGUUCAAAAUGUAAACUGCAGGUCCUCAGGUUGUCCAGUUGUGGCAUCACGGAGGAGGGCUGCACCUCUCUGGCCUCAGCUUUGGAAUCCAACCCUUCACAUCUGAGAGAACUGGACCUGAGCUACAACUACCCAGGAGAGCUGGGGGUGAGGCUGCUCUCCGAGAGGCUGCAGAACCCCGAAUGCAGCCUGGAGAAACUCAAUGUGGACCAUAACGAAGAGCACUGGGUGAACACACAGCUUCUCGCUCAGUGUAAGUACCACUGCAUGUCUGCCAUGACGGCAAAUUUCACCUGUGAUCUGUCAUUGGACCCGAACACGGUGCACAAAUCCCUCAUCCUGUCCGACUGCGGCAGGACGGUGAGCCGUACCAAGGAGAAGCAGCCGUACCCUGAUCAUCCGGAGAGGUUCAGCACAAACCCUCAGCUGCUGUGCAGGGAGGCUCUGACCGGGCGCUGCUACUGGGAGGUGGAGUGGAACGGGCGCACGAGGGUCGGCGUGGCCUAUAAAAGUAUACCGAGGAAGGAACGGCUGAAGUCGAGUUUUAAACACAGCGACAAGUCCUGGUGUCAUGUCAGCACCUUAUUAGAAGGUUUCUACUUUAAACACAACAACAAGAGCACGUACAUACCAGCUUCUCAGGGGCACACCAAAGCAUUCAGGUCCAGAGUCAGGAGACUGGGACUGUUUCUGGACUGGCCGGCCGGCACGCUGUCUUUCUAUCAGCUGUCAGGAGAAACCAAAACUCUCAUUCAUACCUUCCACACCACCUUCACGGAGCCCCUAUACCCAGCAUUCCUUGUGGAUGCUGGGACCUUGACUCUGUGCGGUGUGGGGACGCCGACCGUGGACAAGAGAGGUAGCCCUAACCUUGCUUGGCAGAUGGGCCUGCCUGACUCAGUUCCUAAAUCCGUGGCGUACAUAUGA